CAGCUGUCAACUAAGCGAUGACGACAUACUGUUUAUUGUCAUCCCCUGACAAAGACAAACACACCGAAAGAUUUUGGAGACUGUUACAUCUACGCAGUGGACAGAGAUUGUGUUACAAGCGCAUAGCAGCACCACGAAACAUGCAUACCUGUCUUCUGUGUGUUGUUCUGUGUUGUAUCGCUAGCUCAGCGACUGGUCAGCACCGUUAUAUUCGAAACGGACGUCAGAAUGGAAACCUUCAGAAUCAGAUGAUUCCAAACGGCCAACAACAACAAGGAUCGCAGAUGUCUCGGUAUCCGCACACUCUUCAGAUCAUUCCACUAGCAAACCUGAGGACGCCUCACAUCACCAACGCUAAUCACGCACAGCGUGUUCUCACCAGGAAUACCAACGCUAACCACGCACGGCGUGUUCUCACCAGGAAUACCAACGGCGGACACGUACCGAGACAGAGGCAACGGGUUCUGAUUCUGUACCCGCUGCAUGUGAUGUCUUCGGGUCGCCUUGCCGUCAGUGGUGUCCGGGGUGGCCGUCCCGCAAGUCAGAAGGCACUUCGGUCGAAUGGCAUUGUAAACGACCAUCGUCGUAUUGGACGACCUAGGUUCACAUCCAGCCAGAUCUCCCUGGUGAUCCCCAGACAGCUGAGACGCCAAUCCAAGCCCAGGACUGCGGCACACAUACGAGAGCCUGGUCCGACUAUCCGUCUCGGUCCGCGACUGUCUGUCAUCUAUCUUCAACCUGGGAAUAAAAGAUCCAAGUCUGGAAAUAAUGCAGGUCAGUAUAGUCUGAUUCAUGAUCUCAUCACAACACAUGGAACUCGUCAAAAUAAUAUUUUUACAAAACAAAACCCAUUGAAUGUUGGCACGUACUUCUUUAAAACCCACAAUAAUGGACGAAAUCUCCAAAUUGUACGUCUAGACAGUCCUAUUCUAGGAUCCAGGCAAAAGGAAUCACUUGUCAGAGAUGUUAACCUUGCUCGGAUUCUGAUACCACGAAGAGAUGCUCAAAGGGAAAGAAGCCGACUCCAGUUCUCUUAUCCACAAAAUGUCCAGCGGAGUAGAGUCAAACAUCCAAGACGCCACGUUCCACAGACGAGCAAGCUGACAAACAGUCUUAAGCACAUCGCCCGGCUCAGCGGCAGAUCUGAUCCUUACUUGAGCAUGUAUCCCAACCAGGUCAACGCCAACACUGCGGCACAGCUACAACAGUUGCAGGCAGUUUCAGGAUCCAAUGUUGCUGGCAGUCCAAGGUUGCCUCUAAACCGUAUGCAGACAGCAACUAACCAAGCGAGAUCUAUUCCUAAAGCAGGUACUCUGCAACUAGUGACAAACAACAAGACGUUAUAUCCUAAAGGUACUAUGCCAGGUCCUGCAAAUGUUAUGCAGACAUGGACUAAUCAAGCGAGAUCUAGUCUCAAAACAGGUACUGUGCAACCAGUGACUAACAGAAGGACGUUUUCUCCUAGCAUGAGUACUAUUCCAGAUCCUGCAUAUUUUAUGCAGGCAGCGAUUAAUCAAGGUAUAUCUAGUCUUAACACAGGUACCCUGCAACCAGUGAGAAACAAGGGGACGUUUUCUCCUAGCAUGGGUACUGUUCCAGUUCCUGUAAACUUCAUGCAGUCAGCGACUAAUCAAGCUAUUACUAGUUCAGGUACUAUGCCAGGUUUUACUAACUACGUGCAGUUAGUGACUAACAAAGCGAUGUCUAGUCCUAGCACAGGUACAAUGCAACCAGUGAGUAACAAAAUGAUGUUUUAUCCUAGUACAGGUCUUGGAAACGUUAUGCUGUCAGCGACUAACCAACCGAAAUCCAGUCUUAACAUAGGUACAAUGCAACCAGUGAGUAACAAAAUGAUGUUUUAUCCUAGUACAGGUCUUGCAAACGUUAUGCUGUCAGCGACUAACCAACCGAAAUCUAAUCUUAACACAGGUACAGUGCAACCAGUGAGUAACAAAAUGACACUUGGUCUUGGCACAGGUACUAUGCCAGGACUUGCAGCAAGCAAUGCCUUCGCGAACCAGGUAGUGCAAGCUGUCCCGGCAAGGAAUAUUGGAAAUGGUUUGACAACCAAAAUUCAAAGCACAGUUGUCGGGAAUCAUUUGAUAAUCGCACCUCAGGGUGUCUCUCCUACGAAUUCAAAGACGACGAUGUUCCAUCCUUCCAAUCCAGGAUUGGUUGGAUCUGGUCAAAAAUCUCUCGCGUCGCCUGCAACCUCGCCAGCUGUGAUGUCUGGACUACCGAUGAUAUCUCAAAAUGUCCAGGCCUUGAGGCAAAUGCAACAGAACCCAGCCAUCGCUGCCCUGAACCAGAGAAUGGGGCAGAUGAUCUUUGCCAAACCAGGAAGGCAGAACGUGGUCCCAACAGCUGGCCAGUUCAUGCUCGUGAACCCACUACAAGGUAUUAAUCCUGUACACCCUGGCUUUCAAGGACAACUGGGACAGAGCGCCAUGAGUCUCGAAGGUCUCAUAACACAGCACCACAUUUCUAACAACGUGUUUAUGGGAAACCCGAUGUUCGCACCACAGGUCGGAACGAUUGUCAAGCCAAACUUGCUGAUGCCCAAAGGAGCAGUUGUGUCCAAGGUAUCUGGGGGAGAAACGGAAGUGAUAACGGCCGAUGGAAAAAGAGCUAAGCUGGAGGGGGGACAAUUUGUAUUUGAAGUUUAAAUAGAUUUUGUUAAGCGUAUGCGAAUCGUGUGAACGGUCACGAGACAUUUGUCAUCUAAAUAAUUAUGGUAACCAUGACAUCUGGUUGAGAAAAAAAAAGAGAAUACAAGUUAGUUUUGCCGUCACUAUGUCACCUGUAUUAUCGUUUAGCGGCAAAGGAUCUUUUAAAAAUUAAUAUGCGGUUACUUACCCACAUAACGGAGCAGGCGCGGAUCCAGGAUUUUAAUCAUUAUUUUACCUCGUCUAUUGCCCUAGGUAUUAUAGAUUAAAAGUGUUCGCCGCGUCUUCCAAAUGACUUAAUCGUGUUGUUUUAGAGGACAACUGAGGAGUUUUUCCAUGGAUCGGCCGGGUUCACCUCUCUCCUUCUGGCAGGCUUGGCACACAAAACGCAAUACUAAAUUAACCAUCACUGGAUUUUUUACACCACUCCCCUAGUGGCACCAGCGAUUAAACUCUUAUAACCCUUUGGCGUCACUCUUCAAGUGACGUCGGUUUAGGAAGUUAUAAUAACUUCCUAAACAACUAGUUGGCUGCCAGGAUUGGACUGAACCGCGGUUGGACACGGUGGGGUGUGUGUGUGUGUGUGUGUGGGGGGGGGGGGUGAUGGGAUGCCUGGAGUUAGGGCAUUCUUUGGGG